AUGAGCGACAACCAUGCGUUCGGGCGGCCGAUUCCCGAAGACGACCGUUUAGUCGUCGAGACGAUGCGCACGGAAUCCGCCGCCAUUUCCAACAAUUUCAACGCUGUCAAUCGCAGUGAGUUUUUUAUUAGAAAGCAAAUAGUUGUAAAAAGCUUAUCCAGGCAACAAGUCGGAUGUUCAGCACCUCCAGGAACUUUCGCUGUGCCUCGGCGAGUUGUUCACCUCUGCCGAGCACAGCGACGUCACUCUCGUUUUCGAUGACGGCUCCGAAAUCGCUGCUCAUCGCCUUAUUCUCGCCGUCAGAAGCAGUUUCUUUCGGGCAAUGCUCUUCAACGGAUUCCAAGAGAGUCAUCAGCCGAAAGUGAAUCUGAAGGAUACGAAUUCGACCGCAUUCCGAGCCAUUCUCCAGUACAUGUACACUUCGAAAAUUGACUUUACGGGAGUGGAACUGGACAUUCUGCUCGAGUAUCUCAGUCUCGCCCACCGAUACGAUUUGGGUCCGUUGAUGACAGCGAUCAGCGAAAAUUUCAAAGAAAUUCUUAGGAAUGAGAACUUGUGCAGUAUUUUCAAUGCCGCAUAUUUCUUCCAACUCAGCGACCUGAUCGAGUAUUGCAUGCAAUAUUCUGAUAAGUAUGCCGAUCAGCUGCUCGACGAUCCAAGCUUCAACAGACUAACGGGAGAUAGUCUGAAAGAGUUGCUGGCGAGAGACUCGUUCUGUGCGAACGAACUGAAGAUCUUCAAUGCCGUGCGUACGUGGUACAAACACAAUCCGACAAUGAAGGAUGCUCUGAAGCUACUGCUAGAGUUGGUCCGACUUCCGUUGAUAUCUCAAAACGAACUGCUGAACUUUGUACGACCGACUGGACUGGUGAAGGCCGAUGAUUUGUUGGAUGCGAUCGCGAUUCAGGCUCAGAAACCGCAGGAAAUAGCGUUCCGAGGAUGCAAAAGUGAGUGAAUUUCAGACAUUUCAGGCAUACAUUUUAAACGUGAACACGGAUUAAUAUGAAUCGCAUGUCUUGCAGGUCUCGACACGAAUAUAAUUCCACAGUACCCGAACGUGCAACCUCUUUCCCGAGAACAUGCUCGCCGAUAUACCAGCGACGAGAACGUCAGUGUUUUCCACGUGGAUCUCAGCAAGCCCUUCAUCAUCAACACAAUUCUGAUGGAAUUGAACUGGAAGACCGACGUGCACGGGUUCUCGUACGAAAUACACGUGAGCAUGGAGAAUCGUACGGACGGACACUGGACACUGGUGGCCAAUUACUCGGAUUACGACUGCCGCGGCAUGCAGAGAGUGUUCUUCGAGGACACAGUCGUCCGGUACAUUCUGAUAAAGUGCACGGAUCGGAUGGCGACGAGACUGGAAGCCAGUCGGAUCGAGGCGAUGUACUCUUCGGAGACAAUGCCGGUGGAUCCUGUCACAAAGAUAAUGGGUCAGUGUUCUCCAUUUCUUCGUUUCUCAUCUAAUUCUAUUCCAUUCAGUGCCGGACCGUAACAUUGCAACUGUUCUCCGUCACGCCCGAGUCCUGGAGGGUGUUUCCCGUUGUCGCAACGCUCUGAUCAACGGAGACAUCACCACCUACGACUGGGACUCUGGGUACACCUGCCAUCAAAUCGGCAGCGGACACAUCAUGGUCCAACUCGCCCAGCCAUACAUCAUCUCCUCGAUGCGCAUUCUUCUCUGGAACUGCGACGACCGCUUCUACUCGUACUACGUGACCGUCUCCACAAACCAGGUAGUCUGGACUACAGUCGUCGACAAAACGAACGAGGAAUGCCGCGGAUGGCAGGAACUGAUUUUCGACCCUCUCCCCGUUGUCUAUAUAAAAUUGAUCGGCACUCAAAAUUCGAUCAACGAAGUCUUUCAUGUCGUUCAUCUCGAGGCUCCCUCCACCGUACCAAUUGUCAUAAAAUGAAACCAAAAACCGGUGCAUAAUAAUCUAUUGUACUGCAUUUAAAGUACGCAAUUGUACAUUUCCUGUAAUAAAUGUAUCACAGUCUCUUGUCUCAGUUUUUGAAAGGAAAGGAUGCAAAAAUAACCAAAACUUAUUUUCUGAGAAUUAAUCAAUCCAAUUUCUUUUAUUCUCAGUUCCAGGUGACUCGGAAAGGCUCGGUGCCCGCUGCUCCAACUAAAUAUGGCAAAUCGAGAUCUCCGCGAGAGUAUAAAAUCAGAAAUUGCCAAUUUAUUUAGAUCUCCCGAGCAGGCCGAGGAUAACUUUCAAAGUGAGAAAUAGAAAAGUUAAAAUUGACAGCCCAAACUUCAGGAGCAACGAAAAGACGGAGAACUGAGGGGGGCGUGGCUCUGAGCCCAACGAGGAGCCGAAAAUUCCGAUGCGAUGAGCCGAACAAACCGAAACUGGACCUCCGUCUGAGCCGACUUACUGAUGGGCAACGCAUUGACUGCGAACGUAGGCACUCUUUCAUGAGGCACCCUUUCAAUGGACUUUUGACCUGAUUGCAACUAUCCAAUCGCUUAUCCAAAGCUUCAGACCUCGCCAGUUUCAUCCACUUCGCCACAUUCGGUUCGAUGCUCCAAAAGCCCAAGUGGGUCAGCAUCUCCCACCAUCGAAACCUGCUCCAAACACUCGUCAUCCGCAUCAAUGUCGAGGACGACUUUUUCGUAAGUGAAAAAUAUUCCACCUCUUCACUACAAAUUUCGGAAUACAGGAAACAACGAACCUCACGUUUCCAAGUCUGUUUUUCGAUAAAAGAUGGAUCGAAAUGGACACGGAUAUCAGCGAUCGGAACCUUUUCUGGAACUGCAUUAUGAAUGUGCGAUUGACUUUGAAAGAGCAGAUUCGGAGAAAGUCGGAGAAGAUGCAGAAGACGUACGAUGAGCUCGGCAAGCACGAUAAAUCACAUUUCCUACUGUCCACCGAGCAAAUGGCGAUGCGGAGUUAUCCGUUUCCGGGAGAAGCUGAAAUCGUGCCGACGAAACAGAGGUUUGAUGAUGAUAAAAGCAGAAGAAUACACCCGAAAAGCUUUCAGAUACCGGAAACUGACUCAUUCGUCCCCACUGUUUUCUCUAGACUGUGAAAUGUGUGAAACGACUGUGCAGAAUCGGGCUCUUACGAGAAUCUCAAUAAUUGACGAGCAAGAGAACACUGUCCUGGAUACUCUCGUGAAGCCGGAAGGACGGAUAACAGACUACGUGACCCGUUACUCAGGGAUCACUUCCGAUAUGAUGGAAGGCGUGACGACGACUUUAGAAGACGUCCAGAAGGCCGUUCAGUCUCUUCUUCCUCCGGACGCCAUCUUGGUUGGACACUCUUUGGAGCACGACUUGCAGGCGAUGAAAAUGACGCAUCCGUACUGUUUGGACGUUGGACAUGCACUCAACUACACAAGCAACAACAGCGGACUGCGGAACAGUCUCAAAAACCUGACCGAACUCUUUUUGGGCGAAGAAAUCCAGUCGGCGUUCGGCCACUGCUCGUACGAAGAUGCGUGGGCGGCGAUGCGAUUGGCGCAGCUAAAGCUCGAGAAAGGAAUCGUGUUCGGAAACACGUGCUACGGAUGGCAGUACACCGAAUACGCAAAGACGAACAACGCGUCGGUCGGGCGGAGGAUUCAGAAGGAGACGGUCUCCUCCGUUCCCUGCUCGGAUUGCUCGCAGCCAACUGUCGUCGGGUGCUCCGUUCAGAACUGCAGGUGUCGGUUUGUGAGCGGUCCGUCAAAGUGCGUGCGAUGUGUGAAGGAGGCGGAGAGCAUCGAAGGGGACUUCGAUUGGAAGGAGUCUCUGCCAGUGGACUCUGACAAGACGACGUCGCCCUUAGAAACCUAUCUGAAGAAGGACAAGAUGAAGUCGAUUAUGUGCGCAUUCGACAGAAAUGGAAUCAAUGUACACCCAUCAACAUCAAAAAAGUUAGAACUUUUGGUAUUUUUCGUCAACGAAAGAUCUUUUCAGAAUCCGCUCAAAACUGGCACAAUCGUUCCCCAACUACGGAAGAUUCCUGGACAAUGUCGCUUCGGAAAUGCUCAAUGACAGUCUGGUUCUCGUGGAGAUCGACAAGGAGAAGGUUGAGCCAUUGGAAGACGGGAGUGCAGAAAAAGAAGAGCAAGGAGAAGCAGUAGACAAUGCGGAGACGUUGAAUCGAACAGUUGAGAAGCUCGUCGGAGCAACGGCCAAAAAUGCGCUGGUUAUGAUGAUCUUUUCGAGUUCAAAACGGAACAUUCUAUAUGUUCGAGUGAAAUGA